UUUACUAACAAUGAAACUGUUUCCACAGCCCCCUACUGCACCUCACACCAAAGUGAACGGUUACAGCCUCAUCUUCCAACCAGCACUGAAUCAAACCAGCUUCACUCUGGUUUUACGCAACAAAUCCAUGUACCAGACUGCCAUCUCACUGGCACCAUACAACAUCUCCAUUAUCGCCUUUAACAGAGCAGGAACCUCAUGCAUGGAAUCUAUCUUCAUUCCUGCUGCACCACCUGAAGAAACACCAUUCCUGAAUGUCACAGUCAUCAAUAACCAGACCUUGAAAGCCUCAUGGACUCAUCACGAAGCCAAGUUCUACUGUAUUGUCCUGGAGCUGGUAAAAGUGAGAAUUCUCAGUAACUCCUGUCAACCCCGAAGGGAACUGAAAAUUAAGAGCAAAACAGGAAUGUUCCAGAAGGUAUUUGAGGGGCUGCAGCCACUGAGGUUUUACCGGGUCACCGUUCACACUAAUGGCUUUCGGAAGAGAAAAGGCUGCCAAAGCGUGGGAGGCUAUACCAUUGGAUCAGGCAGUGCUUGCACUCAGCAACUACCACCAACCCAUGGACCCCGCAAGGUCAAUGUGACCAACAUCAGGAAACACUCAGCGCUCCUUGAAUGGAAGGAGAUGCCUCUGGAACAGUGUCAGGGAAGCAUGCAGAAAUACCUCAUCAUCUACAGGGACCACUGGAACCACACACACACUGCUUCAGUUAACUCCUCAACUUUGAGCUUCACUCUGUUGAGUCUGAAUGCUUCAAGCUUGUACACAGUGGAGAUUUGUGCUGUCACAACUGCUGGAAUUGGAGCCAACACUCUCCGCAACUUCCAAACCAAGGAAUAUGAUGGGAAUGAGCUGACAGUAAUCGUUGUGGUAACAGCUAUCUGCGUCAUGUUUGGUGUCUUCGCCAUUGCUGCUGUUUGUCAAUACAGCAUCAAAAGAUCAAAGCGUAUCAUCUUUCCAAAAAUCCCAGAUCCUGUAAACAGUCUGGUUGUCAAAUCUUUUCAUAAUCAUCCUAGUACCAAACUAUGGGCGAGUUCUUCUGAUGAUCAAGAUGUUGCAGAUGUGCUUGUUGUCAUGGUUACUGUGCAGAGUGAUACCACCACAGCUUCUGUCAAUGAGAAGGAUGAAGAUGAGCUGAUAUCUCUUGGGGAAGGAGAGAUUUGCCCAAGUUACAGUUCGGGGAGCAAUACUCCUUUCCAGUAUCGGAGACAGAUGGGGACCACUAUGGGAAUGGAUGAUGAUCUGUGCAGUGAGAGCGAAUUCAAGCAGAAUUUAGAGACAGAAGCCACCGAGCUAAUAAACAGUAAGUUCCAUCAUCUCUGCCUGCCAUCAUAUACGGCGUCUGCUCCAAAUCUUUGCACAAACAUUUCAUUGUUGGCAAUGUACGAUCAGAAUGUGAGCAAGGAGGAGGCAGAGGAAGGCAAUGCUGAAUGA